UUACAGGAUGAUAUAAAGCUUCCAUCGGUGAUAAAAGCUUAGUAGUGAGCUCGAGAGUGAUACAAACCAAUCCUUGGUGGUGUAAGCUAAGUAGCUAACUUUGAGAUUGAUACAUACCUAUCUCGGUUAUGUAAGCUUAGUAGUGAGCUUAAAGACAUAAACUUUAUCUCGGUGUUGUACUCUUUGUGGUGACAUUUAAGUGGUACAAUCUUUCCAUCAGUGAUUUAAGCUUAGUGAGCCUUGAGAAGUACACAAGCCGCUUAUCUGUGCUUUAAGCUUAGUAGCGAGUUAAGAGGGUGAAAUUAACCUUCUCUGUGUGAUAUAAGUUUAGUAGUUGGUGUAGAGUGACAAAAGAACAUAAGAAUAGUGGAGCAGUCCAUCAGUUCUACUGACCCAUGCUAGGAAGACAUUGGAUGGAUUGGAGGAGCAGAUACACAUUGGAGAAUGUACUCGACUGGAGCUAUGGGGGGGUGGAUCCAUCAAUUCCAGGCAAUGGAGGACCAUCCUGUGCAAAUUUUCUCUCCAUGCACCGCCGCCUCUUCGAAACUUUUCUGGGAUGUGCGAUACCACUGGUGUAUUUCUUCUGGGGUUAUUCAUAUAUUACAUACCCAUCAUCAUAUAAAUUUGUAAGGAAGGACCGAGGAGGUAAACGAGCACUGCUAGUGUUGGUAUCAAUGGUGUUCGGUAUGGAGAUAGGCUUCAAGUUUGCCACAAAGCAGCUGAUAUAUCUUUUGAAUCCAUGCCAUAUUACAACAGCAAUACAGAUAUACCUUCUUGCAGCACCUCCAAGCAAGUGGGUAACUACAGUUUUCCGGGUGCACCUAAACUUUCUGAAUGGAGCAGUUCUCGCUCUUCUCUUUCCUGUCACCAAUUCAAGACUUCUUCCGUUUGAGGUGGAGAUAUACUGGGUGCAGCAUAUAAUGAUGCUUGUUACGCCGUACUACCUUCUGCGGCUUGGUGGUGUGUACACAGUAGAGAGCCCCAGAGAUAUGACUUGGACCAUCAUGUCUUUGGGCAUCCUUCUUAUUUAUCACUUCCUGCCACUUCAGAUUAUUGGCAUGGUAAGGAUGGAGCAAAUAAUGGCUUCUCAGGUGAAUUUAAACAACAUGCUGUGCCCAGCCAUAAGUGAUCCUUUCUAUGGCCCAAAUUACCGGAUUGCGGCCAUGUUUCAUCAGUCAUUAUGUGUUCCUCUUGUCAGCAAGACCUUCUGCGUUGUUGCAAACUUUUUCAUAACCAAAUUUCCCCCCACAAAGGUAAAGGAUAAUCUUGAAACUGACGUGACUAUGAGUGCGUAUGAUCAACGAAUAAUGAGUCAAGAAGCAUCAAGCAAGCAGGAUGAUAGUUCGAAUAACCAAAAUGGACUGAAGCACCAUGCGAGCAUACACAGACGGUCCCGCAGUGAGGCUGUGACAGUCUCUCAGUGGAAUGGUCAUAGCCAUCAAGAGUCAGGUCAUUAGUAAAAUUGUUCUUCAAAUGGUAAUGCAGUGGGUUCUUCAACUUAUGACAGCCUGAAUUACAAACAUCUGCACUUGUGAAUGGGGGGCUUAGGAACCAAUAAAAGUUUUAUGAAUGCCACUCUGCAUUUGCAGACAUCCACACUUACAAAUGGGGAACUGAAGAACCAAAUAGUUUUAUGGAUGGUGAUCUACAGUUAUGAACAGGUGAAACAUAACCAUCCUUUAUACCGUUGUUGUCUAUUGGAAAACAGGUUCUAAGUUAUAAAUAACUUAUUUGUUAGUUGUAAAAGCAGGAAUACAACUUGUUCAUAAUCUGGGGAACCCAUGGUACUGUCAUAGAUAAGAAGAUGGUCAUGGUGGCAGUCAUCAGUAAUGAUGGUCAUGUAUGAUCAAAGAAGUUGGUAAUGAAUGUCAUUGCUAAGUUAAAAAUAUCAGUCAGAUUGCUUUUCUUAGAAUUACAAUGUACAGUAGGUCCCUGACUUACAAUGUUUUGAUUCACGACGUUGCCCUUUUAUAAUAUUGGCCCUUUGAGGUAAAAUACUUACGAGCACAGACUCACUUUCGAUAUACAGUACUACACUUAUGAUUUAUUUCCAGGUAAAUUAUAAUUUUUUUUUCUUGUUUAUUUACUAAGUGCAUUCAUACUUUGGUCUUUUUUUUUUAUGUAUGUAGAAAGAGCUCAUGUUAGUUGACAUUGAUUAGUAACCAUAUAUUUAAUAUUUCCUAAGGAUGAAUUGUAAAUACAUACAUAUAUUUUUUCUCAGCUUUUUACUAAAUGCAUUCAUACUUUGUGUAUGUUCAUUUUUAUGCAUAUGCAGAGAAGUCACAUUUGUCUAGUUGAGAUUGGUCAACAACUACAAAUUUAAUAUUUAUGAUUUUCUUAAGGAUGAAUUAUAAAUAUUUCUUGUUAGUUUUUACCAAAUUCAUCCCAGUUGACAGUAUUUGCUAAAACACACACUAAUUGACAAUAUAAAAAAUUAAAAAAUUGUGUUUGUUACCAUUUAAAAACUAAAACUAUGGAAAAUAAAUUUACCCUAAAAUAGUUUAAAAAAUCAUAAAAUAUAAGCUAUAUACAAUUCUGAUAUCCUUUACUUGCCACUUUCUAUACCUAUGUGUUAUACACAUUAUAGAGGUAUUCCAAAUUCAGUCAUGUAAUCCUAUACAUACAGUAAGUACAAUUUUACAGGUGAGUAUCUAUCAUGAAACUGUGUAACUAACUGUAUUAACAUUGGUAGAAUUACCAGCAAUAUGUUAAGUAGAAGGAGAUUUGUCAAGCUGUUACAAACAAUACAUGGACACAGGGUAUAUAUAGACCUAGGGUAUAAGGCACAAUAUAAUCGUUGUAGAAGUAGUAGUAGUUAUAAUACUAGUGGUAGUAGUAAUACAUGUGGAUACUAGAGCUUAUUGCUUGGGUAGCAUUAAAAAGGGUUGGGAAAAUAUUUUUGUUAGGUUGGAUUUGAGAAGCCCUGUUGCAGUGUUCCUCCUCUCUUGUGUUCUCAGUGUUCUUAUGUAGUAUCAGCAGCAGCAACUAUGUGAUGGCAGGGUUCAUUGUUUUGAGGAUAGUUGCUGCUGCUGAUACUACAUAAUUAUGAACACAAAAGAGGAGGAACACUGCAACAGGACUUUUCAAAUCCAACCUACUAACAAAAAUAUUUGCCCAACCCAUCUUAACCCUUUAAGGGUCCAAAGGCCAAAUCUCAGAGUGACAGCCAGGGUAGAGAAUCUUUUUCCGAAGGUAAUUGUUACAAAACUCGUCUUCUUAACCUUCUCCAAUGGUAUGGUAGAGUGUUAAGGUAGCAUUCUUGUUGAACAUAUGGCCUGUUUACGGUUUUGCAACAAUAACUUAGUAAGAAUUCAGGAUUACAAAACAAAUAACUAAAACUUAAAAUAUUUACUAGUAGAGUUUUAGCUUAAUGUAUGAUAUGUUAUGAUUAACAUAAAAUAAGGAGUUUAACUCUUACAUUUCUCUUGAUACGUACUAGUACAUUGAUAUGAAUAAAUGAACCUCUUGAGGUUGAGCUUUGUACUAAAAUCACCAAUAAUAUGCACCUAUAAGAGUUAUUAAGACCUAGCCACAAAGUAACUUACAAUGCUUAUAAAGACUUAUCUGAACUAUCAAUUCAGAGUAUACAAGAACUCGUAAGUGACGGACUUAGUCUCAUUUCCAUCCAACAUGACUAAGAAUAGCUUAGACCACAAAUUAACCCACAAGGCCAACAAGGCUUGUCCAUUCAACUGAAAGAUUAAUUCUCUAGAGUAUAAAUAACUCGAAAGUGACAAGCUUAAGAAAGGAAGUCGGUCAUGAAAGAAAAACGACCACCACAGAAAACUUUACAUGUCUCUUAUGAGAGGUCAAUGAGUGAGGUAUGCUCCCUUGGCUAUGCAAGCCCAGACUAGAAGUGGGAAUGCUAGUCAGAGUGUGUGUGAAGGACCUGCUCUCAGCUAGUGCUGAAAAGCUACUCAGAGCAAGGGUGGUGAACCUACUCUGAGCGAGGGCUAAGAACCUACUCAGUAAGAGUAGAGAACCUGCUCUGAGCGAGGGCGGUGAACCUACUCAGUAAGAGUAGUGAACCUGCUCUGAGCGAGGGCGGUGAACCUACUCAGUAAGAGUAGUGAACCUACUCAGAGCAAGGGCUGAGAACCUACUCAGUAAGAGUAGUGAACCUGCUCUGAGCGAGGGCUGUGAACCUACUCAGUAAGAGUAGUGAACCUCUCUGAGCGAGGGCUGUGAACCUACUCAGUAAGAGUAGUGAACCUCUCUGAGCGAGGGCUGAGAACCUACUCAGUAAGAGUAGUGAACCUGCUCUGAGCGAGGGCUGAGAACCUACUGCCGGUACCACUGAGUGGUAAGGCAACGUCACGUUGGUCACGUGACUGAGGGAGACUUAAGUACCUGAAGUGCUAACCGGCACUUACACUAGUGGUUUCCCACUACAUGACAAUAUUAAGAACUGCUAACAAAACAUAAUAUAAUACAAUAUUAGCAUUAGCAUAUAUAUUAUAAAAUAAAGGAGCAAAUCCUUGUAUAAAAUAUAACGGGUAUGGCCAUACUCGUAACAGUAAUAAAGCAAAAAGUACGAAAUUUGAUGGAAAAUUGAUGAAAUUACGCUUUCGCGGAUUUUGAUGCAUCAGCAAUAUUUACGCAUCAGCGAUUUUGCCGACUUUGACUCCCAUUUUAGGCCAAUUACAUUAUUCCAGUCGACCAAAUUCUUAGCUAUUUUGUUAGUAUUACUUCUGUUUUAUCGAUUGAGCACAAGAAAUAGCCCAGUCAACUGUUUCAACUACCCAAUAAAGUGAUCGGAAAUUGGUAAUUUGGCCAGUUUAACACGAAGUUCAAAAUAUUUCAAUUUCAAAAUAGGGUCCAGAAUAAGCAAUGCAGGCAUUCCUGGCACUAAACUAACAUUUCCUCUGUUCAUUAGUUAUGUUUCAGGCUUUACAAAUGAAUUCCACUUUGACUUUUUAUUCACAUAAUGAAUUUUUAUUCACACCAAAAAAUGGAAGAUUUAAUGUUUUGCAAUAUUGUAAUAAUUGUAUAAAUAAUAUCACCACAUUUGUGAAUGUAUAUUAGACCCAACAGCUGAUGCAUAUUAGACGCAUGACAUCAUUUGUUUACUCUUGAACAUUGGCAAAAUUUGAACAUUUCCGCUACUUUGAGCGUAGUUUCAACCCAUUUUCGUUACUAAAACCAAUCAGAAUCAUCUCUAUUUAUGUAAUAUAUCUUCCAUUCUAUCAAAUGAGACCAAGAAAUCGUGAAUACAACUGUAAAAAACAUUUGAAAAAACACUGAAAAUUUGCUGUUUUAAUCCAAAAUUACAGUCACAGCUUUUUUCUCUCAUUAUGCACUGCGUGUUGCAGGAUUUGCUUAAUGUGGUGCACACUUACCACACAGAUGUAUUCUCUCAUAUCUAGGCCCAAAUUUACCACUCACAGCUUAUUUGAGUGAGCUGAGCUCAUGGCAUAGAUCUACGGCUUGGACCCUGGCUUCAAAGCCAUAGAUCUACGGGACGGACCCUGAAAGGGUUAAUGCUACCCAAACAAUAAGCUGUAACAACCACAUGUACUACUACUAUUACUACUACUACUAUUACUACUACUGCUGCUGCUGCUGCUGCCGCCGCCACUACUACUACUACUACUACUACUAGUAUUACAAAUGCUACUUCUUCUACAAUGAUUAUAUUGUGCCUUACACCUCACUCUAAAGCCUAUAUAUACCCUCCGUGUCCAUGUAUUCUUUGUAACGGCUUGACAAAGUUCCUGGAAAGCAAAAAGUUGCCACAAUAAAAUGUUGCAUUAGUUGCACUUGUGUCCUUUUACUUAACGUAGUGUAACUAAUGUCUAAAAUUCACAAAUAAUAUAUAGUAUUUUUAAAUAAAAAAUACAUAAAUGCACAAAUCAUUACCUCAUGAAAGUGAUGACAUUGGUGCCAAUUUUAAAUUACCCAAAACAUUACUUUAGAGAUGUCUAAGUGAAUCUUUGUAAACAUUAAUGUUGAGGGAGUUUGUCACACCAUCCUUGGUGGUUCAUCACUACCUUCCUGUACUACAUACACAUUAUCCCUCCUGCUUCACUUUUACCCCUUCUGUCUCACUUCACUCCUUUCUGUUCCACUUCUCCCCCUUCUGCCCCACUUCUCCCCCUUUUGCCCCACUUCUUCUGCCCCACUUCUUCUCCUGUCCCACUUCUUCUCCUGUCCCACUUCUUCUCUUGUCCCACUUCCCCUUCUGCCACACUUUUCCUUCUACCUCACUUCUUUUCUUCUUCCCCUUCUACUCCACUUCUUCUUCAGCCCCAUUUCUCCCCCAUCUUCCCCCCACUUCUUCCCUCUUCCCAUCUCCCAACACAUGUACUGUACUGUAUAUGUUCCAUAUUGUACCUCUGUUCUGUUUAUUAAACAAUGUUUAAUACUGCUUGUAAGCGACCAGGCACAAUACUGAGUGUAAAAUAUUAGGUGAAUAUUCUUAGUUAAAAAACAGAUGAACCUUUCUCUGAUUAUAACAAGGACAUGUGAGAAAAUAGUUGUCCCCAGUUCUGAACAGUUAUCUUGCUAACAAUUUUCAAGAGCAAAUUAAUGUUGUAAGUUGGGAACCUAAGGUACUGUAAUCUUUAAAGGAUAUAUGCUAAUUUAUUGAUAAAAUUUAUUAUAUUUUCAAAUGCAAAUGAUCUGACUUUUGGUGAAAUCUAACUUAGGUGCAUUUUUAGAAUUAUUUUUAGAAAUUAUUUACAAAUUUUGAUAGGAUAAGAUGCACAUUUAUCUGAUAUUUGUGUUUCUACAUAUUAUGAUUGCUCAGGAUUUUUAGAGGGAGAAUAUUUCAAAUUUUCAGUCAUGAAUAUUCUUCUUCUUGUUUAUCAAAGCUUUCACAGAGUGCUGAAUUGCUGAAAGAGAAAACUACAAGUACGAUCUCACAUUUGUCUCAUAUCCAUGUGGCUGUCUCAGCCCUUCUCACUUUCUACCUCUCACAUUGCCACUGUUUAAGAAUAACUGAGAGUGAUAACUGACAAGCUUAAUUAGGCUUGUAUCCUAUUUCAUAAACCAGCAGCCUGAAACAUGAAGCUAAAAGGUUCACCCCAAAGUUAUCCUCAUAAUAUCCAGAUUCUCCAUAGGUGCCAGGAUACAUGCUGCCCUCAGUACAAGGUCAAACAUGCAUGAUAAUAAACCAGGAGUCUGUACUUCCAUAAUCUUGCAUAGCAGACUGUUCUUUCUUAAACUGAAGUUUUUUUGUAUAUCAGCUACAUACCUACAGGUGUCAUAAAUAUACAUAUUCAUAGACAUCUUUCAGCGUACCAGCCGUAUCCCACCGAGGUGGGGUGGCCCAAAAGGAAAAACGAAAGUUUCUCCUUUCAAAUUUAGUAAUAUAUACAGGAGAAGGGGUUGCUAGCCCCUUGCUCCCGGCAUUUUAGUCGCCUCUUACGACACGCAUGGCUUACGGAGGAAGAAUUCUGUUCCACUUCCCCAUGGAGACACAUAGACAUAUCACACAGAUAAUGAGACUGCUCACUAUAACCUAUUGUAUUAAUUAUGUACCUCUGAAAUAAGUAUGUGUUCCUCAUUUAAACUAUUAUUUCGUAGCAUUAAACUUCCUCUUGAUGCACUCCGUAAGUCUGCUAGCUACUGAUAAGGCUAACUUAUGGAAAACAGGACAGUCAGCACCCUCCCACACUUGAUUAAUGGCACUCAAGAUUUUGGGGUUAGAGGACACGUCCAUUCCAGGAAGAUUAUGCUUAAUAAGCUUCCAAACAUUCUCUAUUGGAUUUAAGUCCAGUGAGUUUCCAUGCUAGUCAUUAAAGUAUGGAAAUGAUUUACGCAAUUCUUAAUGUCUUUUGCACUAUAACAAAAGGUACUGCCCAGGCACUUCUUGAAUCUGGCAGGCAAAUAGUGUGCUAAAGGCAUACUUAUGGGCAUGAAUAUUUAUGAUGUCUACUGUAUAUGCAACAGACUGCUUGAGAAUAAAAAAUAAAAAUUAAUUUGAAUUGUGCGAGAUACAGUUUAUUGCUUUGUAAUGGCUCAUUAGCUUUCUGCAAAUGCUUUUAGCUAUGCUUAAAGCAAUUGUACAUUUUAUGUACUUCAAUAUUUUUUCCCCCUUGACAUGCAAUUUUUAUACUUUUAUAUAUACAUAAUCACUGUCUUCUUUAAAAUGCAGGCAUUGUACUUCCCAUUUCCAGGACUCAAGUCCAGCUAACCGGUUUCUCUGACUCCCUUCACAAAAUAUUACCCAGCUAACACUCCAACAGCUCAUCAUGUCCCAAAAACCAUUCAUCUCCAUUCACUCCUAUCUAACAUGCUAACACAUGCUUGCUGGAAGUCCAAGCCCCUUGCCCACAAAACUUCCUUUACCCCCUCCCUCCAACCUUUUCAGGGAUGACCCCGACUCCGCCUUCCUUCCCCAGUAGAUUUAUACACUCUCCAAGUCAUUUUACUUUGUUCUAUUCUCUCUAAAUGACCAAACCACCACACCAACCCCUCUUCAGCCCUCUGACUAAUACUUUCAGUAAUUCUGCACCUCCUCCUAAUUUCCACACUACGAAUUCUCUGCAUGAUAUUUACACCACACAUUGCCCUUAGGCACGACAUCUCCACUGCCUUCAGCCACCUUCUUGCUGCAGCAUUUACAACCCAUGCUUCACACCCAUAUAAGAGUGUUGGUACCACUUUACUCUCAUACAUUACCUUCUUUGCCUCCAUGGAUAGCAUUCUUUGUCUCCACAGAUACCUCUAUGCACCACUCACCUUUUUUCCUUCAUCAUUUCUAUGGUUAACCUCAUUCUUCAUAAACCCAUCCACUGACAAGUCGACUCCCAAAUAUCUGAAAACAUUCACUUCUCCCAUCUCUCCCCCUCCAAUGUGAUAACCAAUUUUUCUUUAUCUAAAUCGUUUGAUACCCUCAUCACCUUACUCUUAUCUGUAUUCACUUUCAACUUUCUACCUUGACACACCUCCCAAACUUGUCCACUAACCUUUGCAACUUUUAUUUAGAAUCCCCUAAAAGCACAGUAUCAUCAACAGAAAGGAACUGUGUUAACUCCCAUUUUGUAUUUGAUUCCUCAUAAUUUAAUCCCACCCCUUUCCCCAACACCCUAGCAUUUACUUCUUUUACAACCCCAUCUAUAAAUAUGUUAAACACCCAUGGUGACAUUGCACAUCCCUCUAUAUAUAUACAUAUCUUCUUCUUUCAAUAAACUGACCAUAUCCCACCGAGGCAGGGUGGCCCAAAAAUAUAAAACAAAAGUUUCUCUUUUUAACUUUAGUAGUGUAUACAAGAGAAAGGGUUACUAGCCCCUUGCUCCCAGCAUUUUAGUUGACUCUUAUGACAUGCAUGGCUUACGGAGGAAGAAUUCUGCUCCACUUCCCCACUUCCACACCCUCGUCUUCCACUGAGGCAGGGUGACCCAGAAGAGAAACACUUUCAACUUUCACCAUCAUUCACUCUAUCACUCUUUUUACCAAAGGUUCCCAGAUCUAAAGUUCAGAUGCCCAUCCAAGCUGCAAAUAUCUCCACCCUUCCUUCAGAGUGAAGGCACUGUACUUCCUAUCUCUAGGACUCAGAUCUAGCUAACCAUUUUUGCCUCUAUCCCUUCCAGUAACAUGUCCAGCCAUAAAAGCCAUUUGCCUCCAUAUUCGCUCUGUCUCAUGUUUAUUCACAUUGAGCUGCUGCUACACUCUUACAGAAGAAAUUAAGAUGUAUAUUUCUGAGCUCUUCAUGCAGCUCUAUGAUCAUGGCUCUUGCUAUUGGUCUUAUUUGCUGUUGAAAAAGCACAGUAUCAGCAGUAUAUAGAAAAUGCCUUGAUACCCCUUUAAUUCCAAUAAGAGAAAUAUCAUGCUGUAUGUAUAUACUGUCAUUUUUUUUUUUUUUUAGUAAAUUGGCUGUUCCCACCAAGGCAGAGUAACCUAAAGGAAGUUAAUUUCACUAAACUGUGUUAUAUUACCAGCCUUUUUUAAAUAUGAUGAUCAGUGUAUUGUACUAUUUUAAAAAAUCAAAUACCUAUAAUAAUAAUAAGAUUGGAAUAGGGAAAGAGGUAAGAGAUAUCUUGCAAAAAGUACAUGUUUCCUGGUUUCAAGUGGCAUUCACACCAAGCCUCCAGGCCCUGGCUGUUUUCUGCCGCUGUUAAUCCAAAGUGUCAUACAGCACAAUAAGUAGAUUUAUAAGUGUACAGUCGAUUAUUGUAAAGUAAUUGCAAAGUUCUUUGAUAUUGAAAGAGGAACACUAGUGAUUUAGUGUGCAAAAAGGAAAGUUAAGGAGAGAGAGAGAGAAGAAAAUAGGAAGAGAGGGAAAGAGGGAGGUAAGGAGACAGGAAGGUAAGCUGAGUGGUUAGUUUCACCACUUAUGCACUGUGGUGCACAGUACAAAUCUUUCCCAUGGUGCUUCUUAACAAAGGUGCACUUACAGGGAAUAUUUCUUCUUUAAACUACUAUCCCUGGGGCUAUCUGCAAUUGUCUUUGACAUAUUACAAUGGGCAGAUAAGGAAAAUCUAUGGAAAAGGCUCAUUAUACAUCUUAAAACAUCCUAGUAGCAUAUGUGAAGAAAAUAACAGCAUGUAUGAUAGUUGAUGCUUGCUUGCUGCCACACUUUUAAUUUUGGUAUUCCAGUAAUUACCAUUAUUUUGACAAAGCAAUGGCUACAAGACAAAUAAGAUAUGCCUGUGUUCUUAAUGAAGAACUUUAAGGAGUAAGCUAUACAAAGGAGCAUGAAAACCAAGCAGAACAAUAGCUUAGGUCAACAACAGAUUUUCUUUUUUUUUUGUAAAAUUAAUGUGUAUUCAGUAGCUGUUUUACAAGAAGCGCAUGGACAUCACAGUUCAAAUAAACCUUUGAACUACAACAUCCCUGCCUGUCCUUGUUUCUGUCAGUUAUACAUGUUAAAUAUCAUCUGGAAAAUAAUCUCUCUCUGAUGCCCUUUUUAGCAUAGCAAAGCAUGAGGAAGGAGGUGGUUACCUAUGCUGUAAAAGUGAUAUUACCUGUUGCCUGUUAGAAAGAGGGAGUCAGGUGACUGCCUCAGGGUACUGUUUAAAUGCAGAAUUAGCAUCCACCAAGCAUAAUAACUCACUAAAUCUGGUAUCUGCAGAAAAAUGUUAAAAUUUUGCAUUUUACUGCAUAUUUAAAAAGUGGAUUUAGUUAUCGUCUCUUUAUUGUUUAGGGGUUAGAGAAUUGUGUUAGUCUUCUAGUGAAUUUGAUGAUUCCUCAAGUGUUCAAGUAAAUUAUACCUUUCCUCUCCAUAUCUCAUUGCAGUAUAAUACUGUUUAGCUUAAUCUUACUUUUCUAAGGUCAUCCUAAAUUUAGCAUUAUUAAACAUCUUUAAAAUGUGUUCAAUAAUUAUUGCUAAGGUAGAGCAAAAAUGAAUAUAAAAUUGGCUUGUACAGCAAAACUGUUCUUGUUGAAUAAGUCGAGUCAGCAACUUCUAGCUAAAACGCAUUACAUAUAUAUGCUGUGUUAUUUAGGCAGAGUCAGUCAAACAAAUUGAACUGACCUUAAAGUAGAUCCUACCUUAAUUAUACCAAACCUCUAUUAGGUCAGCUUAAAUUUAUUUAGUAUUUAACAUCAGUGAUUUAUUAACAUCAAAAGGUGUUCAGGAUGAUUUUUGCAAAGUUAUUGCAAUACUAAAUUUUUACCUUGCUUGUUUUAGCAAAGUGAUCAUUGCUUUAUAAACCAAGAUAACAGACUCUGCUUAAAAAGCAUGACAUACAGUAUGUACAUACAUGUAUACUGCACAUUCUUUCAUACAUAUAUACUACAUAUAAUGGUGGGCAAAUACUGUACAGUGAUUAUUGCAUGUCAUUUUCUUCCGCUGCACGAAAAAUUUCUCUCUGGUUGUGGUUAGUAGCUACAUAACAUGAACAUGGUAAGAAUAUUGAAUGCAUAAAACAGUGUCUGGUUUGUUCUUCCUGUGCAAAAAUCCCUGUAUUAUGAAUGUUGGAAUGUUGUAUUGAGCAAGCAUCUGAAAGCAAAAGUUCUUUAAAAAAUAGCGCUGAAUGAUCCUUAUGGGUUUAGCACUCCCAUCAAUCAUAAUGUUUUUUCAUAAAGUAUGUUGAAUGUUAAAAUAAUAUUUCAAAAAACAUUUUCCUAACAUCUAACAUACUUUUUGCUUUAAUUUUUAAUGUUAAAUGUUCCUUUCAGAAACUAUCUUCUUAAUAUUUUAAGGACUUAAUGAUGACUAAUAGAAAUUCUUAAAUCAAAAUUUCCUUUGGUGUUAAUAAAUUUUAUGAUAAAGCUUGACAUGGAUUGUGUAAUUAUAGAAAUAAUUGCAGAAAUUUCCCAUGUUAAAUGAAUCAAAUUUAAAUCAGGUCUUGCUAAGGAAAAAACUGUUGAGAUUGUAUGUGAAAUGAAUUUAUAGAUAAAAGUUUGAUUUUAGAGUUAAAUAAAUCAAAUAAGACCAAUCUCUUAGUAUGAGGACAUUGUAGAUUGUAUUAGAGUAGGACUUGCAAAUGUAAUGUUGAUUACAAAAAGAAUAUGAACAGUAAACUGAUAUUUGUACUUUAUUUUGGGUGAGAUUUUGUAAACCUUUUCCACCCAUUUAUUUGGAAAGGGGGUAAGGUUAAUAGACAUAUAAAUAGUUAAACAAAUGUUAACCUUAGACAAGUAGAUAUUUUGUACUGAGUAGAAGAUGAGUGCUGAAAACUAGUUUAGCACUGGUAGGUACAACACAAGGUGAGACCAAGGUAGCUAGCAUUUUGAGCAUACUACUAAUGAUGGCCUCUUCCUCUGGUAAGGAAAUGACACAAAUUUUUCCUUGGCCUUAUCAUUGUAAAGAAAGAGGUAACAUUGUUUUCUAGAGGUUUGUGAGUGUUAUUAGCAUAUUAGGUAAUGUCUGGCUUAUUAUGCAUAGAAAUGCAAAGUAUUGUACAGUAUAUUAUUUGAGUGUAUUGCAAAAUCUGGAAAGCCAUGUGAAUGUGUCAAGUUCUUACCUCAGGAGAAGGCUCAAAAUAACAUCAAGAAGUUUAAAAUAGAAUUGUGUGCCUUUUUUCUUGGUGUUUUCUAAGCAAGGUUGAAUUUAGUCCAUCCCAACAAAUACUAUGUUGUGUAGCACCGUUGUGAUAAACUUUGUAUGUCCUCUUAUAAACCAUCUUCUCUGUGUUACUGAGUGUUGUCGUAUGAAACUAUUGCAUGUCAUAGCUCAUCUUUUACUGUAAUUCUGACAUUAUCUGGUGUGUGUAAGUGCCAUUAAUUUUUCAUUACAGAGAUGAACAGUUUUGUGCCUGCUGUGAAUGCUAGGGUGCUUGAUAGUAAGCAAAUAUUUGCCUCUUCUGUAAUACAGUGCAGUGUAUGUGGGAGUAAGAAUUAGUAUUUUUGAACAUACAGUAGCUGUUUUUUAGCUCAAAUGUUUGGUGUGGAAAUUAUUUGAUACAUUUUUUAAAUUGUGCAGAUAUGAGUCACAAGUUUCCUGUGUUUUUAAACUUAUUUAUUAUCAUCCAGUAGAAUUGUAUGGCGAUUAUGAUGUUUGAAACCAUAUACAGUACAGUACGGUACUUGAAAUAAUUCAGUGUCACAAUUCAUGACUGAUUUAUUAAUGGCUGCUGUUGCUUAUAUCUUUCAGAUUUAAUUUAAUCAGAGCCAGUAGUGCAAGUUGUUCAGAAACUUGGACUGUCAUAAAUUUAACAUAAUUCAGCCAUUAAUGCGCAAAUAACCCGCAUGUAGGAGAGAAAAGCUUAUGAUGGCGUUUCAGUCCAACUUGGACCAAGUCGGACCAAAACGUGGUCGUAAGCUCCCCUUUCCUACGUGUGGGUUACGUAUUUGUGUAUUAUUCCAAUCACGGUAUUGUGCUUUUUUGUUCUCAGCCAUUAAUGUUAUUCUUGAUAAAACAUUGUCAUUGAUUCACAGAAUACAUCCAUGAAAACUGCAGUUUCUUAUACUAUAUGAAUAUAUGUGCUCUAAGAAUAUUUUUGAAGUGUAUCAGUGGCAAGCAUAUUGCAAACAUACACCUCUUACUGCUUCAACCCAUAUCUUGAUUAAUAUGACUAUUGUGAUACUGAUACCAUUAAAUAUAUCUAUUAAUGACACAAAUCAAUCCACAUUGAGACAUUAAAGCAGAAGAUAAGAUAAAGACUGUAUUUUUCUCAGAAUAAAGCCUUCUUCAGAUUUUUUUUUUUUUAACACAGGCCGUCUUCCACCGAGACAGGGCAGCCUGAAAAAGAGGAAACAAACGUUUUUCUUCUUUUUACAAAACAGAAAUGUACAGUAAAUGUAGUGUUUGAAAUAUGUAGUACUCAACUCUUUUUUUUUUACUGUCUCCAUGUGAGUUAAUAUGUGCCAUUGAACAUAUUUAUUACACCUCUGUGUUUGGAUAUCUAUUAAUGAAAUGCAGAUUUUUAAAUUAAUUUUGAAAAAUGCUCUCUGAGGGAUGCUGACAAGAUGUUAAGAGAAUGUCAGGAAGAUUAUGGUAAAUGUAGUACAUGGUAAUAAAACUUUACAUUGAUAUUGAAGUGUUCUCAGGGGUUUAUCCAAACACAGGUUUAGUUUACUCAGGAGACAUAACACAUUAAAAGGCCACUAACUGAAAAUAUUUUUAAAUUUAUUCUGGAAAGUAAGAGAAUCAAUAAUUAUUUAUCUUGGAACAGUGAGAGAUCAUUGUUUGUAGAGAAAAACCAUGCUGUCACACAAAAUAAAAGGAACUUUUUCACUUUCAUGAUUAUGGCAUAUGCCAUCUUUCCUUAGUUUUUAGUUUGUGUAGAUACAUAAUAUCUAUUAAUUGCAGAGAACACACAAUUGUAAAACAUUUGCAAUCUUACCAGUGGAUUUCUCAUGAUUUUAAGGAGGACUCGGACCUUUAAGUUCAGUGUUCCUGGGAUUAAAUCUAAAUGUUAUUAUUUCUCUUCCACCCAGUUAUAAAUGAAAACAUUAAUUUGUACAAGAUAGAGAACUUAUGCACCCAGAAGUUUGUUCAACAAAGAAACUGCUUACCAGUCUUUAACUCUUUGAGGGUCCAGAGGCUAAAUCUCAGAGUGACAGCCAGGGUCCAAGAAUUUACAAAAAAAAAAAAAAAAAAAAAAUGCUAUUUUUUCUUAUGAAAUGGUAGAAAAUCUUUUUCUGAAGGUAAUAAAACAAAAAGUAUGAAAUUUGAUGGAAAAUUGACGAAAUUACGCUUUCGUGAAUUUUGAUGAGUCAGCGAUAUUUACGCACCGGCAAUUUUGCUGACUUUGACUCCCAUUUUAGGCCAAUUACAUUAUUCCAAUCGACCAAAUUCUUAGCUGUUUCACUAGUAUUACUUCUAUUUUAUUGACUGAGCACAAGAAAUUGCCUAGUCAACUGUUUCAACUACCCAAGAAAGUGAUUGAUAAUUUGGGCAGUUUAACACAAAGUUUAAAAUAUUCCAAUUUCAAAAUAGGGUCCAGAAUAAACAUUGCAGGUAAUCCUGGCACUAAAUUAACAUUUCCUCUGUUCAUUAGUUAUGUUUUCAGGCUUUAUAAAUGAAUUCCAUUUUUAUUUUUUAUUCACAAUGAAUUUUUAUCCCCACCAAAAACUAGAAGAUUUACUGUUAUGCAAUGUUGUAAUAAUUAUAUAAAUAAUAUCAGCACAUUUGUGAACGUAUAUUGGACCCACCAGCUAAUGCAUAUUAGAUGCACGAUGUCAUAUGUUUACUCUUGGACAUUGGCAAAAAUUGAACAUUUCUGCUACUUUGAGCUUAGUUUCAAGCCAUUUUCAUUACUAAAACCAGUCAAAAUUAUCUCUAUUUCUGUAAUAUAUCUUCCAUUCUAUCAAGUGAGACCAAGAAAUUGCAAAUACAACUGUAAAAAAACAUAUGAAAGAACUCCACAAAGUCACUGUUUUAAUUCAAAAUUACGGUUGCAGUUUUUUUCUCAUUAAGUACUGCGUGCUGCAGGAUUUAUUUUAUGUGGUGCACACUUACUACAUAGAUGUAUUCUCUCAUAUCUAGGCCCAAAUUUACUGCUCACAGGUUAUCUGAGUGAGCUGAGUUCGUGGUGUAGAUCUAUGGCUUGGACCCUGGCUUCAAAGUCAUAGAUCUAUGGGACAGACCCUGAAAGGGUUAAAUGUGACAAACAUCAUUUACAAUCAUUGCUUUUCAAACAAAAAAAAAAUAUUAAUGAUGUUAAUUCCAUUUUUAUCCUCAGAACAAAAUUUUCCUAUUAUAAUGCCCUACUGGGCCAGAUUUAUUUUUAGUCAGAAGAUGGUAAAUGGUACAUUUAGUAUGUGCCAAAAGCAUCAUUACUUUCUUUGCUAAACUUGAUGUAUUUUGUGAAUGGCCACAUAUGGUACAUAUGUCCAUCUUGUAAUAUGUACUGUUAUUCCAUUAUUAUAUAUGCAGUAACUGCAGAUAUGUGGAAAAAUUAAUAUACGCAAAAUUGAUUAUAUGCAUUUGAAAAUGCUCUUAUUAUAUUGUGUUUUUAUAUUUUUUGUUUAGCUUUUUGGUUAGAGUUUUUAAUUAAAGGCCUCCAUGAAAAAGUCAUACAAUUUUAUUAUUUUUUACAUAGACAUCAAUAGCACAGAAUGACACAUAGAGGUUUAAUAUUUUUUUAUUGUGAAUAUAAUAAGGGUUCAUAAAUAUGAAAGGCAAAAUUAGUUUGUUUUGAUAAAAGAACAAUAAAGUCAAAAAUUAUACAGUUCUGUAUAAUGUUGAAAUUUUCUUUAUAAAAACAUCAGCUUGCAAAAUUUUAUGUGCUUGUAUUUGUGAAUUAAAAUGCAGAACAUUUUCAAUAAAUGUCAGCAAUAA